GCUGGGCGCAUAGAUUUUGUUGGCAUUUAUUGCAGUUUGAAGUGCAUUUGCGAUUAAUUGCUAAUUUUCUACAAAAUUCAUAUCGGCCGAGGCUACGAUUUAUUUCAAGCAAAACUACAGUCUCAGAUAAGCUUAUUUUUAAUAGUUAUUCAAUAUUCAUUUUCAAACUUGUUUCAAAGGAAGAUGAACGAUGGCAUGUCGACUAAAACCAUUCGUUUUAAAGGGUAUAGAGGGGGGUAAACCGGUUAUCAGAAUAUUGUAUGAUGAGAAGUACUUUAUAAAUAGUUUUGGUCAUGGGUGACCGGACUUGUCUGUUAGGUAUUUUUGAUUGUACUUAACUAAAGUUCUAAAUUCAUGAACGAGCUACUACUGUUGCUUGAUACAAAUUAGAACCUACCUGCUAUUUCAAGAUUUAGGAAAGAUUUUUACAUAAAUUUUAAACCUAUUUUAUAUUUUAAAAUUUUAUUAAAAAUUAAUUGACUGUUGCAUCAAUAGGCAAAGUAUGGAAAAUCAACAGAUGGAUUACUUUAAAACAAUUGAACUUAAUGUAAAUGGAAAAAUAUUUCAUUCAAUAUACCGGAAAAUUGGGACAGGACCACAAAUAAUACUUUUGAUAGGAGGGACAUAUGGUGAGGUAAAAGCUAAAGAAUUUCAAACUAUUACUGAUGAACUUGUCACAAAAGGGUUGUAUACAUUUAUCGAGACAGAUUUACCAGGUUUCGGAGUAUGCAGACCACCAGAUAGAGAUUACUCUCCAGGAUUUAUUGAAAGAGAUGCUAAAUAUUUAAUUGUGUUUAUGGAAACACUAAACAUCAAUAAAUAUUCAGUCAUGGGUUGGUGUUAUGGAGGUACUGUGGCGUUACACAUAGCGUCUCUGGUACCUAAUCGUGUCCUUAAAGUUGUCGAAUGGGGUGCAAGAACAAAAAUAAAUGAGAAAGAUAUAAAUCUUACUAAAAAAUUUACCAAUCAUGCAGCAUGGCGUCCUGAAAUUAUUAAGACUUUAUUUGAUAGAUGUGGUGUAGAAUAUUUUAAUAAAGUUUGGGAUGGUCUAUGUAAAGCUUACAGAUAUAUUUAUGAAAAUAAUAAUGGAUUUUUCAUAACUAUGGAUCAAUUACAACGAAUUAGAGUACCUGUUCUUCUUAUAUAUGGUACUGCCGAUGGUUAUGUGGGUGAUCAUCAUGUAAAUUAUGUUCACAACAAUUUGAACUAUUCCAAUUUGUUCAACAUUUUUUUCAGGUUAGUAAAAAUUGUAAAUGCUCAUCAUGAAAUGCAUAAAACACAUUAUGAAAAAUUUUGUCGAGUUGUAAAUGAAUUUUAUACAUCUGAAUUUACAGAUACAAACAAAACUGAAGUGGAAAUAUAACUAAAACACAAAAAGAGGUCUCAAUUAAGAUAAUGCUAUUUUAUUAAUUGAAUUUAAUAUUAAUAUUAGUGUUCUGUAAUAAUAAUACUUUUUUGAUGAUUUUUCAUUUUUUUAAUAAUCAUAAUAAUGUAAUUUUUAAAAGUAUAAUAGUUUAAAAGUUUUUACGUCUAGUUGAAUUUAAAUUAUUAUUCAUUAUUUAAUAAGUUAAAGAAAAAUAUUUUGUAAAUAUUUUGUAAAUUAUUUGCAUAUUAUAGUAUGAUCAGUAAAUCAUAUCCAUGAAAAAAUACAAUUACAACAGUUUUUUUUGUCGUUCA